AUGCCUCCUUCCGCCAUCUUUCCCCAUCCUACGUUACACAACCCAUCGCGAUUUCUGCCUCAGAACCAGGCCAUAUUAACAACGUAUGAUGACUGGCACAUUAUUCUGUCCAACAAUAUUGCCGCAUUUGUGCUAGUCGGCGACGCUGGUUGUGAUAAAAGCCUAGUCGGUAAAUCCGUCCUGGACUUCAUUGAUCCUUCAUUCCGUACUCGAUUCCAGGAUAUGGUUCAUAAACGAAGACAGGAGUUGAAUUACCUGAAUGAGGAUAGUCUUGCAGGUGGUAUGGUUCUUGUUUGCGGUAAUGUGCUUCCCAUUGUCAAACAAGACGGAUCCAAAUCGGCGGCUUCCCUAUGGUUAAAGGAAAAACGCAAUGAUGCAGGCAAAUCGGUGUACAUCUGGGUGUUUGAAGAAGGCAUCAUUCGAUAUGUUGACGAAGGUGUUCAAGAAGUGUAUGAUUAUACACCAAGCGAAUUGGUCGGUCAAUCGAUUCAAGUUCUGAUUCCGUCCUUUGAUUUGGAGCAACCGUUGCGGGAUUGGCAAGAAAAUCAGUAUUUCGGUGGUCGGACCAAAAGAGGAGCGAAUUUUCCCAUCAUUGCUAAGAUGCACAUGAUGUCCACAUCAAAAACAGACAGUGGUGCAGCAGCGAUCUCCAGUUUACGUUCUGCCAUCCGCAUUACAUCCAUACCAAUGAUCGCUGGGCUCGUGACCGUACGACAAAAUGGUAUAAUUGUUGGGUGCAAUAAUGUGUUUGUGCAAUACAUGUUUGGUUUUUCACAAGAAGAAUUAAUUACCGGGCAACUUCACAUCGCUACGUUGAUGCCCCAAUUUCCUACCCUCCUUCGCAAUUUGCAACGCGACGAUUUACUGCAGCAUGGCUUUAUCAUCAACAGCGCUAUUUGCCGUAAACUUAUUGCCGACACCCACAUCGACGACAGUCGUCUGUCUUACCUUGCGCCUUCGUCUUCGCCAUCGGCUCCCCAUACUACUUCCACCCAGACCACCGCACGGGAACCACGCUUAACUCAUGCGCCCAAUGGUCAGGCUUUGCCUGUCAUUUUAGCUAUCCAUCGUGACGGCACCCCUUUUGAAGUCCAGUUACAGCUACGCUUGGUGGAUGGGUCCGAUGAUGCCCUUGCUCUGUGGAUUACUUUCAACCGCGAUGCCACCUUUGCUCGCUUUGGUCACACUGCUUACGCACGACCUUCCCUGGAAUUAAAACAACACAACGGACUUGCGAUGCGUGUGAUCACAAACAAUGUUUACCGAGCAAAUAGGGAACCUCUUUUUUCACCCGUAUCACCAACCGCAUCCAAUCAUGUUACUGCAUUCCCUACCUAUUCUGCGCAAACCCAGACGGCAAGCAUUGAUGAUUAUCACAUCCUCGAUGACCUUGGUGAAGGUGCUUACGGUUUGGUUAAACUUGCCGUUCGAAAAAACGAUCCUGAAAAGAAAAAGGUCGUGAUCAAGUACGUUAUCAAAUCUCGCAUUUUAGUGGAUUGUUGGACAAGAGACCGAAAGCUCGGUACAAUUCCGGCUGAGAUUCACAUUCUGCAUACUUUGCGAAAGAUUCCGCAUCCGCAUUGUGCUGCCAUGAUUGAUUAUUUCGAAGACGAUGAUCAUUAUUAUAUUAUUAUGCCGUUGCAUGGAGAUGGAAUGGAUUUGUUCGAUUACAUUGAAUUGAAACCGCACAUGGCAGAAUUCGAAAUCAAAUCUAUUUUCCGGCAAGUGGCGGACGCUGUGCGACAUCUGCAUGACCACAGCAUUGUGCAUCGCGAUAUCAAGGACGAAAAUGUGAUUCUCGACGGAGCCGGCGCUGUUCGGUUGAUUGAUUUCGGUAGUGCUGCUUACAUGAAAGCAGGCCGUCGCUUUGAUACCUUCUUUGGAACCUUGGAAUUUUCAUCGCCUGAAGUGCUUCGUGGACACACUUACGAAGGUCCACCGCAAGACGUAUGGGCUCUCGGCAUCCUCCUUUAUACCUUGAUUUGCCGUGAAAAUCCAUUCUAUGAUGUGGAUGAAAUUAUGGGAGGCGAGCUACGGUGGCCAACAUUUGAAGUGUCGAAAGGUAACGUUAACGCAUUACAAAACGUCCAUCGAUCGAACCAUAGCUCAUAG